GUGAACCUUCCCCACCUCCGUCCCGUUGGAGGAACUUUGCGUCCUGCAGCAGACUGACCCUCCAGCUCGUUUGGUACUUCCUGUCCCGGCGCGUCCUGCAGACAUGGCAUCUGUCCUGCAGCUGCUCGCUCUCAUAGUCGCAGCCGCUCUCGUGCAAACCGCGACGUCUGUCCACCUCAAUGACACCAUUUUUGCAGUCACAGUGAGUUCACAGAUGAUAGGGGGGAACCAAGAGACCCUGUGCGCUCAUAUCAACAACCCCACAGAAGCAGUUACUCUGACUGUCACUGUUAAUAUGAACUCUGGCAACACCACCAUACUGGAGGAGGAGAACAUCAAACAGGACUUUUACCGCUGCAUAACCUUCCAGGUUCCUAUAGUGAGUUUGAGAACUGUGUCAACCAUUCACGUCACUGUUCAGGGCAAAAAUGACUCUAUGAUGAAGAAGACCAAAGUCCUUAUUGACCCGCCGUCUUUCAUCCACAUCAUCCAGACUGAUAAACCAAUCUACAAACCAGGACAGACCAUCCAGUUCCGGAUUGUGUCUCUGGAUACCACUUUCCUCUCUGUGGACCGUGUGUAUAAAGUGGUGGAGCUCCAGGAUCCCAGGGCAAACCGUAUUGCUCAGUGGUUGGACCAAUCCGUUGCUGGCGGAAUCCUCGAUCUUUCCCAUCCCAUGAACCCUGAGGCGGAACAAGGAGUCUACGUCAUCACAGCCACAACGGACAAAGGAGAGGAAAUAUCUCACAGCUUUGAAAUCAAAGAAUAUGUUUUGCCCAAAUAUGAGGUGAAAGUUUACCUGCCCAGUGUGAUCACUAUUCUAGACAAGGAGAUAGAGCUGAAGAUUUGUGGAAAAUACACUUAUGGGAAACCAGUUUUGGGUUCAGUUAAAGUAGAAUUUUGUAGAUACAACUAUGGUUUUAGAUGGCCUAUUGGAAGUGAUAUCUGCAAUCAGUAUUCACUGAAAACCGAUAAAUCUGGUUGUGCGACGCAAAGCAUAAAUAUGACAGCAUUUUCCCUUGAUAAGAACAUGCUCGACGACAACUUCAAGGUAUCUGCUGAACUGAAGGAGGAUGGCACAGGAGUUGUUCUGCAAGGCAGCGGGCAGUCCACCUUCAGUAACGCCAUCAGAACAGUGUCAUUCGAGGAUGUAUCUGAAGCUUACAAGCCCGGGAUCCCCUUUGAGGGAAAGGUCAAAAUGAUUGGCCCAGACCUUAAACCUGUCGUCAGUGAGCCAGUGUACCUGUUCGCCUAUGAAUUGCAAAACAUAACACUCAUGACCGACAAAAAUGGCAUGGCCUCAUUUUCUUUGGACACAUCUCUCUGGAAAAACAGUGUGUCACUAAAAGCAAGCGCUAAAAUGAAGGACAACGAUAAUCUGUACUUGCCUAAUAUGCGCCUACCAGAAUAUAGGUCGGCCUAUCACCACGUCAGUCCAUUUUACUCUAAGAGCAACAGUUUUCUGAAGCUCAUGCAGUUUGAUGAGGUGAUGGCCUGUGGGAAGGACGCUGCUGUGCGUGCUCAAUACAUCAUUCAGGGGGAGGAGCUAAAGAAGGGAGAAGAAGUCAUUAACUUAUUUUAUCUGGUAAUGUCCAAAGGCACAAUUGUGCAGCAUGGUCUCAUCCCGGUGGAUGUUAAAGUGGGAACUGUCAACAAAGGGGAGGUGUCUGUGCCACUCCAUCAUGUGAUCGAGCUGGCACCGGUGGCCCAGUUGGUGAUUUACACCAUCAUGCCCAGCAGUGAGGCUGUGGCUGACAGCCAGAACUUCCCUGUUGAGCUCUGCUUGAAAAACAAGGUGUCUCUGAAGUUCUCCUCCCUCCAAGAGCUUCCAGCGGAGAAGACCACACUGAACCUACAAGCCCACCCCGGCUCCCUGUGCUCUGUUAGAGCCAUCGACCAGAGUGUCCUUCUGCUGCAACAGGAGCAGGAGCUCACUGUCGAAUCUGUGUACAACAAGCUGCCCUUACAGAAGCUAUCAGGAUACAGCUAUGAGGUUGAAGACUUUGAGCCAUAUCCCUGCAUUUUCUUUCGUAACCCAAAAAUCUUGGACAAUGCCAGUCGGAGAAAGCGCUCACUCUACUUUGGACCAAACAAUCAAAAGGAUGAUGUCUACAGUGUCUUCAAAGAAAUUGGAAUCAAAAUUGUGACAAACUCUGAUGUGAAAAAGCCUUACAACUGCCGUGAAAUUUAUUACAACAGAUACGUAGUCAUGGAUGAUAUGCAGCUUGAACGUGGAUUGGGUGGUGUUCCGAGACCAGUGGGUGGUGCUGCAGUUAACAUCAAAACGGAGACCAUUAGAACAUACUUCCCUGAGACCUGGGUCUGGGACCUGGUCUCUGUUGGGGAUGGAGGGUCAGUGACCAUCGAGAAGACCGUCCCUGACAGCAUCACAAAGUGGGCAGCUGGAGCUUUCUGCACUUCCUCUGUGGGAUUUGGUGUGUCGCCCAACACCGGAUUAACAGCUUUCCAGCCUUUCUUUGUCAGUCUUACGUUACCGUACUCUGUGAUCCGAGGAGAAGUGUUCACACUCAAAGCCACUGUCUUCAACUAUCUCUCCAAAUGUAUUAUGGUAAAAGUAACUCUUGCUAAGUCGGAGCAGUACAACUUCAAUGAAUGUGAAAGCUGCAAGUAUACUGUGUGUCUGUGCAGCGAGGAGAGUACAACCUUUUCCUGGAUUCUCACUCCAACAUCUCUGGGGGAGGUGAGUGUGAAGGUCAGCGCUGAGGCCAUGCAGACAGACAUCCUGUGUGGCAACGAGGUGGCUGCCAUCCCCGAGAAGGGUCAGAUCGACACAGUCAUCCAGAAGCUGCUCGUGGAGGCUGAAGGAGCGCCACAGACUGUUAGCCACAACGCUCUCCUCUGUCCUAGAGAUGGGCCGGUGAAUAAGACUAUCCUUCUCAAGCUACCUGAGGUGUUUGUGGAGGGUUCUGCCAAAGCUUCUGUCUCUGUACUGGGUGACCUGAUGGGCCGAGCUAUGAAGAACAUCGAUAAGCUGCUGGCCAUGCCGUACGGGUGCGGCGAGCAAAACAUGGUGCUGUUUGCACCCAACAUUUUCAUCCUCAACUACCUUAAGAGCACUCAGCAGCUUACGGAUCAGAUUCUGAACAAGGCAAAACGAUUCUUGGAGAGCGGGUAUCAGAGAGAGCUGACGUACAAACAUGAUGACGGGUCCUACAGCGCUUUUGGAAUGAGUGAUGAGUCUGGAAACACCUGGCUUACUGCAUUUGUGAUGAAGUCCUUCGGCAGUGCAACACCGUACAUCUUUGUGGAUCCCAUUCACAUUGAGCACGCUGUUAAGUGGCUCUCCAGUCACCAGAUGCCAGACGGUUGCAUCGCGUCAGUGGGGAAACUAUUCCACAAUGGCAUGAAGGGUGGAGUGACUGAUGAAGUUUCUCUGACGGCCUACAUCACUGCUGCCCUGCUGGAGCUCAAUCCAAACGUGACAAAUCCGGUGGUGCAGAACUGUCUGCAGUGUCUGAAGACGGCAGUGUCGGGCCAGAUCGACAACAUGUACAUCACAGCUCUGCUGUCCUAUACCUUCACCCUGGCUGGAGACCAGGAGAUCAGGAGCAAACUCCUCACCAACCUGCACAGCAAGGCCAUCACAGACGGAGGCACCAUUCACUGGAAUAGACCCGGGGUUGAUGUCAAGACCAAGGACUCUCUGGAGGUGGAGAUGACCUCUUACGUGCUUUUGGCUCUUCUCUGUGGUCCAUCAUCGCCACAGUUUAAUUUGGAUUACGCAUCUGGCAUUGUCCGCUGGCUGGUUCAGCAGCAGAACCCCUACGGUGGCUUUGCUUCCACACAGGACACAGUCGUGGCCCUACAGGCGCUGGCCAAGUAUGGCGCUGCCACCUACAGUAAGGAUGGCCUCACUACAGUGACAGUGAGCUCAGCGGGAUGCUUGAUAAAAAAGUUCAUAGUGGAGCAGAGCAACAGGCUGCUGUACCAGGAGGAGCAGCUGACUGAGAUCCCUGGAGAGUACACCAUCAGAGCCGAGGGACAGAGCUGUGUGCUCGCUCAGAUCUCCAUGCAUUACAACAUCCCUCCUCCUCCCGACUUCUCUACGUUCAGUAUCUCCUCUAACACCACAGCCAAAUGUAACCUCACCAGGCCGGAGCUCCACCUCUGUCUGGAAGUCAGGUAUCAGGGCAAGAGAGCAGAAACCAACAUGGUCAUCAUCAACAUCAAACUGCUCUCUGGAUACAUCGUGGACAAGAGCUCCAUUAAGACGCUGAAGAUGGGCCGUUCGGUCAAACGUGUCGACAUAGACGAAGGAUUCAUCAACAUCUACUUAGACGAGCUACGGAAGGAUGAGAUAAAUGUAUACUGUGUGGACUUGGAGGAGGAUGUGCCUGUGAAAAACCUCAAACCAGCUGUGGUCAAAGUGUACGACUACUACCAAAUAAGUGAUGAAGCUGUGGCUGAUUACACCUCACCUUGUGCAGAGCGUCUGGACCUGCUGCCAAAAAGCAAAUAACUACCAGACAAAUAACUUCAAGAAGCCAUUAAACCUCAGCAGGAAUCCUGACUGAUGCCAGCACACCUUCCUUUCCUUUCCUUUAAUAGUUUGGAGAAUCAUUGUGUCAAACAAAAUUCUAGAUCUGCAUUUCAUUCUUAGAAAGCUGUGUUUUUUUUUUGUUUUGUUUUUUUUAAAUUAGCUCUUUCAAAUGUUUGUAGUUGUGGAUUCCAUGUGUAUAAUGGUAGAAUAAACACUUUCCUUUAAUCGGUCUGCUUGUGUGAAGGUGAACUGAAGAACUCCAGGCAAAAGUCACAAAUGCUUAUUUUUAAAGACAAAAUUCAUUUUAUUCAUUUGUGAAAGCAAUUUGUGACACUUAUAGGGAACCAAUAAAACAGUAUGGUCCAAGUA